AUGGCCCCUUCUCUUGACAUGGCCGGCAUCGCCAACUUGGGCCAACAGCUUGCUAUGAAGCUGGUAGCCUACGAGAUGGGCACGUCGUACUCGGGCAGUGAUAUCUACAAUAUGGCCGAGGAUAUCUUCGCAACGGCGAUGGCACUUGAUGAUCUUCGAGGGUUCCUCGCUGCUGACGCUUGCGAGGUACUGCCUGUCUACAAGCAUGCCGGCCGUGAAGCCAUCGAAGACCUUGCAACAAGAUGCGGCAAAGUUUACACCGCCAUCAUCCGCACCGUCUACAGGGCAAGUCUUGCUGCCAAGGUUGUCGAAGACGUUGACUUCGAGGCGCUUGGCCCAGACGACCUGAAAGCUUCUAGACUCAUCGCCAUCCGUUCCAACAUGAAGUGGAGCUUGGUCUCAAGCGCCUUUGAGGCUAGCGAGAUUCAACUGCGUUGGCUCAAAUCCAGUCUUCUGCUGCACCUGCAAGUAGCCAACAUUGCACGCCUCCAGAACACACCCAGAGCUCCUGGAAGUUUCGACGAUGAGUUGGCCUUGAGGGCGCUGGCAGUUCGGAUGCUGUCAAGCAAGGUCAGAGCCACCAAGGCAAUCAUCGAAGAUAUCGAGAGGAAGGAAAGACUGGCACUGGCCGACAAAUCCGACACCGAGAGCAUUGCCUCUGGCGCGCCAUCUUCGAGUGGUGGCAGUUCUGACGAUGAUACAGCAUCCUGGAAGUCCGGAAAAACGGCCCACGACUCAAAAGCGCCAUCAAUUUGUGGCGAUAAGUCAGACGAGAAGGCCAAUGUACCUCCUGCCGUAGAGCCCAUUGCCCCUCCUCCACCCCCGUACCAACAACCUUCUGGCACCAACCUUCGGACGGGACCCCUGAUGGCGGCCCUGUUGAUAUCAAUCUUCAAGAGCAUGGGGAAAUGGGUUAAAGGUCUGUUCGGCCGCAACAGUACACCGUGCCUUGACGACCUGGAAUUGGAGGCGACCAUUUUGAAAAACAGACCAUCCCCUGAAAUUUUCAUGGCCUUUGAGCCCAAGAUGCUACGCCUGGAGUUGAAGCGCAUCUUGAAGCGCGGUUCCAGUGCCUCUCCUGACGUGUUCCUCACUCAGGAUAAUCAGCUCCGCAUUGCUGUCCUGAAUGCCCUCCUGCGUGCCCAGAGUAAGGAUGGAAGGGUGAGGCAGCUGAUAACUGUCGACCUCUCCAAGGAGCCCGACGUCGCUGUUGUCUUCAUGUCCGUCGAGCCUGCCUUGGAGCCUGUUCAUAUGACGGACAUGCUUGGCCGCAAGUAUGACAUACCGUAUGAGUUGUGCCGAAGUGUGCAGCGCUUCAAGGAUGUCAACCGACUUUGGCCUAUUGUCAGGGACGGAGCCUUCGAGAUUGUCGCCGAGGACGACACCGUCGUUACACCGGAGGCGUGGUUCACAACAAUCAAGCCAGGCGCCAUUUUGAAAAUGCGCAUCUCGGCCUUCAACGACGGCGGCAUCAACGGCGGCGUGCCUCUGCCCCCUGGAGCACCUCAACCUCUCACCUGGGCCGAGCCUUUCUCGGUGCCUCCGCCACCAGGCUGGAGAGGUGGUCGGCCUCCGGGGCCCCCAGGUAUACCGACGGCGUGGGGAUGUUUCCCUCCUAAGCCUCAGCAACGCAUGGGAAUGCCUGCGCCGCGACUGCCUAUGCCACCAGUCGUUACCAUAGAGCCGCCCGGCACCGAUGGUUACGAGCUCGGUUUCGAGCUCGACUUCGGACCCCCCUUGACCCGUGAGAAGGACUUUGGGGAGGACCGUAAGAACCUUGGGCAGUGGGUUGCUCUGUGGACGAACGCCACAGACACAGACUUCACCACCGACGCGGGUGGCAUUCCGUCAUACGAUGAUGCCUCGUCAAUCUGGUCCGGAUCGUCGUCGUCCUCGGAUGAGAUUAUCGAUGACUGA